GCCAAGGGGACCUUGAUGAAACCACACGGGAGAUCAGCCCUACCCAGACCCGCCAGUUCGGGUCGCUCCCGGCGCUAGCAAGGGCGCCCUGCCGCGGUGGUCGUGCUUGACAGGGGCCCUAAAUACACGCGAAAAUUUGCGGCUCUCUCGGCUCCGGUCAGCGCAUCCACCUGAAAUCAACCCAGAACCACUCAUACACCACUGUUUCGCCAUGAGAUGGAAACGCCACGGUGACGACAAGAACGAUUCAUAUUUCUUUCACCCCUGCUGUUCGGUGAUAUAGGAGUCGGCGAGGGACUCAAAAAAAGAGUCGGGAUGCGCCUCGCAGACCUGCUCGUUGACCUCGCCGCCCUCGCGAGUGCCUCGCGCUCCGUGGCCAGCAGGCAUAUUGCGCUGAGGGUGAGACAAAUUGAGAGGUAUAGCAAGGGGUCGAGUGUGGUGGGGAGGGUCUUGAGAGGUCAGCGACAGCAGCAUCCACAGCCGCAGGAAACACGACCGCCGGGGGAGGAUAGCGGGACGGUGGUAAAGGAGGAGCAGUCACACCAACGGGAAACGGAGGGAGGCGUGGAGCGGGAGGGCGAACCGCGGCGGCUUCGGGAACAUGAAGCGUCGGUUAAGGCCUCGGUUGGGGAGACGGAUGUCCGUGUUCGAGAGUCCGAGGUUGAGCUCAGGGCGCGCAACGGACAGUUUGGUGCGGUACAAAAGCCUCAAGAGACGGGCGAGAAGAAACCCGGCUUCGUGCCGGCUCCGUGGGCGGAUGGUGGCAUUGCGGUUUUGAAGCAGGGAUUCACCCCUCCGAAGCAACCGCCACAGAUUCGGAGGGAGCCGAUGAUAGGGGUGCCUGGCGUCGACCUCAGCCUCUUUCGGACAAGAGCGGGCUCGAGGAUUCUGGAGGCACUGAAUGAGGUUGAGGAGAAGGAAGAGUCAUCGCAGUCGUUCGUUGCUCCGAUUAGCGGGAAGGGCGAGGCGAUUGCCGAGCAAGCAGCGAAGCAAGCAGAAGUAUCACAAGGCACCGAGACGAAAUCUGAAACGACAGCGACACCUGAAACGUUGAACUCGAAAUCUGCGCUCUCCUCAGCAACAGAGGAAGUCGCAGAGAGGGGUUUGGAAGUGGAGACGACCACGGGGAGAAAUGAACAGCCUCAAGAUGCUGGCGCCCUUGCAGAAACGAAUACCGAAACACCUGCUAACCCAGCUCCGAAUACCGCCGAAAAGAAAGCAACCAUCUCACAAGAAGACGCAAGCAUAAUCGCCGAUAUAACGAACACGACACCCAUAGCGUCUGCCGCACCUGGAUAUCAGCUCCGCGAGUCCGCUGUACCCUCCUCAAGGCUCGGCCGACUCUGGAAUUAUGGUGGUCUAGCAGCGGGCAUGUUUGCUGGCGCAAUAGGCGAGGGCCUCAGCCGCGCAGUCGGGGGUGGUGGAUCGGGCUCGGUGAUGCUCAGCGCGGCCAACAUGGAACGGCUCGUGGCCAAGCUCUCUCGGAUGCGAGGCGCCGCACUCAAGCUCGGCCAGAUGAUGAGCUUCCAGGACGCCAAGAUGCUCCCGGUCCCCAUCCAGGAGGUCCUCCAGCGAGUGCAGGACCGCGCCGACUACAUGCCAGGCUGGCAGCGAGACCGCGUCUUGGCCGCCAACCUCGGCGAGAACUGGCGUGAGCUCUUCGACGACUUCGAGGACAAGCCCAUUGCGGCCGCAUCCAUCGGCCAAGUCCACCGCGCAACCCUCAAGUCGAGCGGCGCCCGCGUCGCUGUCAAGAUUCAGUUCCCCGGCGUGGCCGACUCCAUCAACUCGGACCUGGACAACCUCGCCAUCCUCCUCGCCGCCACCAAGCUUCUCCCCAAAGGCCUCUACCUCAACAAAACCAUCGACAACGCCCGCACCGAGCUGGCCUGGGAAUGCGACUACACCCGCGAGGCCGAGUGCGCCGAACGCUACCGCCAGCUCCUGACCACCUCCUCCGACCCCUCAGGAGCUGAACACGACACCGUCUUCUCGGUCCCGCGCAUCUACCCCGAAGCGUGCGGCAAGCACGUCCUCACCAUGGAAUUUAUGCACGGCACGGCCGUCACGCGCAUCGCCUCCUUCACGCAGGCCCAGCGCGACUGGAUCGGUACGCAGAUCCUGCGCCUCUGCCUGCGCGAGAUUACCGAGUUCCGCUUCAUGCAGACGGACCCCAACUGGACAAACUUUUUGUACAACGCCGCGACAGGCAAGCUCGAGCUGCUCGACUUUGGCGCCUCGCGCGAGUACCCGGACGACUUCAUCACGCGCUACGUGGCGCUGCUCGAGGCCGCCUCGCAAUCCGACAGGGAGGGCGUCCGCCGGCUGAGCGAGGAGCUAGGCUACCUGACGGGCCACGAGAGCAGGGCCAUGCUGGACGCCCACAUCACCAGCGUGCUGACGCUAGCGGAGCCCUUCCUGCGCAGCGCGCCUAAGGUCUAUGAUUUUAGGGAUCAGACUAUUACUGAGCGGGUGAAGGCGCAGAUUCCCGUCAUGAUCCACGAGCGGCUGGCUCCGCCUCCGGAGGAGACGUAUAGUCUCCAUCGGAAGCUCAGUGGCGCGUUCUUGCUAUGUGCGAGGCUGGGGAGUAGAGUAAAGUGUAGGGAGUUGUUCGAAGAGGCGUUGGCUAAGACGGGCUAUGUGAAGAGUCCUUAACGGGGCGUGGUCUAUUGUAUUCUAGUGUAUCCCCUCCACAGACUUGUAUAAUAAGCUCGACCGGUCUUUCGACCGAGGCCGUGUACUCAACAAGGGAGCAAGCAGCAAGUACUACUCAGUGGACACCAAGCCCCAAUGUAUAUCUCAUUAGACUGUAUCCAGACGAGCCUUUUGGGGAAAGUAUCUGCCUGGGUAUUCUUGAAUCAGGAAAAACGAGCAAGUCUUCAUCAAGUCGCAAUCGUGUUGAAAACCGCCAACCGUCAAAUCUGGUCUAAAAUCACCCAGUCAGCAAGCCACCAGUUUACCAACCGGAUUUGAGAGCAACUCACCUAGCGUCAUCAAACUCAUGCUAUCCGUAUUUUCAACCAUCUUUUGGAACUCCUCAAAGCUGAUCUUGCCGUCGUUGUCCAGGUCUGCCUCCAUGAUGGUUUUGUCGACAAUCUGCUGCAGCUGCUGAUCUU